UUGUGUUAGUGUCUGAUGCUGUUAUGUAUUACCCCUGCAGAGUCGCCGGUCCUGUGUCCAGGGCUGAGGACGGAAGGGACCCUGUGGUUCACAGACCUCACCGUGCCAGACCCUACUUUCAUACUACCUCUGUCUGUUGGACUCAUCAACCUAAUCAUGCUAGAGAUGCAGUUUAAGAUACAGUCUCCAACAAAACUGCAAAAGGUCGCCAAAAACGUAUGGCGUGGCACAACUGUGAUCCUGAUUCCCAUAGCAGCCAUUGUUCCGUGUAGUAUGUGUUUCUACUGGGCCUGUUCCAGCCUCUUCACCUUUGCCCAGUUCCUCCUGCUCCGAGACUCACGUGUGAGAUCAGCUUUAGGGAUGCCAAAAUGAUGACCUGCACCGAGACUCACGUGUGAGAUCAGCUUUAGGGAUGCCAAAAUGAUGACCUGCACCGAGACUCACGUGUGAGAUCAGCAUUAGGGAUGCCAAAAUGAUGACCUGCACCGAGUCUUAUGUGUGAGAUCAGCUUUAGGGAUGCCAAAAUGAUGACCUGCACCGAGUCUCAUGUGAGAUUAGCAUUAGGGAUGCCAAAAUGAUGACCUGCACCGAGUCGCAUGUUUGAGAUCAGCUUUAGGGAUGCCAAAAUGAUGUUCUUUAGGGUUUGCAGAAGUGAUUCCGCUGCAACGAGCACCUUUGUCCUGACCUGUGAUCAAGAAGAAAGCAGACCCCAACUGACAGCACAAAAGGAAUCCUUGUUGAGGAAACAUUUCAAUAUACAUCAUUACAGCUUCGGUUAUAACAAAGGCCAUUACUUGGACAAUUGUUCAAAGACCCCACCAUGGGUAGUGUGUAUCAGUAGAAGUCCAGGGUCAAGGAAUUGUGUUUCUGACCAGAGGAGGUAACUCUCAAGAUUUACCUUUGAAAUUGGGCACUGGAGUUCUUUUCAGGUUCUUUUGGAUGCAGGUACUAUCAACACCAUCGUUCAUUACAAUGACAUGUGUCAUGAUGGUAAGAUGUCACCACAGAAGGCCACUAUGAGAGUUGUUCUUGCAGGAGGUGUUCUUGAAAGAUGUCAUCACAAGAAGUGUGUAGUUGUGUGAAGUAUUUAUGUAAGGAUUUAUGACUGUGAUAGUCUAUGUGAUGAAGACAGUUGUAUUCUACCAUGUGUAUAUAUGAUGUGUGUUGUCUGUGUGGUCAUCGCUGAAAGGGGUCAGCAGAUAGCCAUAAGCCUUUCUGCACUCACUACUGUGGAAGAGUUCAGCAGAUAGCCAUAAGCCUUUCUGCACUCACUACUGUGGAAGAGUUCAGCAGAUAGCCAUAAGCCUUUCUGCACUCACUCCUGUGGAAGAGUUCAGC